CAGUUAACAUUAAACUUUGGUUCCUACUCGUACUAAAUUGUACGAGUAUCAUGAUCGUAAACAUCAUUCUCUUCACAUCUGCGAUAUGUUUCGCCACGAGCGUCGCAACUUCGACUGGCAUUUCCGUCACGUCAGCAACGUCUGCGAAAUCGAAACGUGUAAUCGUAGAUCCCGAUCAUAAUAUCCACAAUAAUCAAGAGCAAUCCAGAGGUACUCAAACUACCUCGAAAAUCUCGUUGCCUCAGGAUAUUAACUCAAGAUCAUCGCCUCGUUACGGAAACGCCAAGGCAACGGAUCCUCAAAGAGUAUCCUACAGUAUUCCGAAUCGCGAAUCUGAUUCUCACGCGUACGGCAGCGUGCCAAAGCGGCCGCUUUCCUAUAUUUCUUCUCCCGUCCACCAGGUCGAAUCUCAUCGGAGCAAUAUGCUCGCUCCGUAUUUCGGCGUAUUGAAUAAUCCCGACGCGUACAAAGCUGUGAGGAGCGCCGAGAAACCGCUAGAUGCACCGAAAUCGAUCGUCUCGCAAUCGCUCCAAAAACUGCAGGGCACCUACUCGCCGAAUUACAAUGCUUUUCAGGAUAAACCGAUUGAAUUGACCGGAUUUUCCGACUUCGAGUAUCCCUCGUACAGCACUAUCAAUAAACUUAUCGCUCAAGCCGCUCGCCAGAACGAUGCUUCUUCGCCCACCGUACAAGUGCCGGUGUACAAAAUGAGUUAUCCUUUAUCAAAAGCUACCGAUUACGCGCACAUAUACGCGCCGAGCAUUUCAACAGUGUCAAGCGUUACUCCGUCAUCGGACAAAACCACUCAGAGCCCCAAACAAAAUGAUGAAGCUACCGUAGACGUGAACGGUAAGAAAAUUUCGGUUCCGAUCAUUCAACUUCAGAGCAAUCUGGACUUCUCGGAAGUUUUGCCCGCCUUCGAGAGUCAGCCGUUUCUUUUAAGCGCGAACUAUCCGACCGAAUCGGACGUGGUAUUUAAGUUUGGAGGCGGGCCAAAAUUCAAUGCGGCUCUUCAAUCAAAAAAUGUUUCGCCGUUUUCGUCGCCUCUGUCCAGUUUCCAAGGUCAAGUUGUGCCAAUCCAGACGAUAAACGGUAACCCGCAAUUUCCACAGUACAAAGGCGCCAGCAUAGAAACUUAUCCUGUUCCAACUAAUGUUCCUAAAACACAAGGCAAUUACGAGUCUCUUUAUAGUCAACCACAAUUGCAUUUUGGCAAAGAACAUAAUAGCAACGUGCAGCCUCUCAAUGUACGACCAAACACCGUCCCUUUCGUUUCAACGCAGGAUAUUCUGAAUGAUGUAGAACUCGUCAAUAAGAAAAAUCCCGAACCGCACACACCCCAACUGGACGCUGAUAAGGACGAUGAUAAUGACGAAGAUAAGGAAGAUGAAAUGAGAUACAAAAGUCCAGAGAAGGAAUACGAAAACAGUUCUGAAGACGACGAUGUCGAGCGUCAGCAAGGAAAGUAUUUCAAAGAGCCACCAACGGAAAGUGACUUCAAGCCUUCGACGUUUUAUCCUUUCAAAGAGUACGAUGAAAGAUUUGGGAAGCACAGGACGCAAACUGAUGACGACGACUCCGAGGAUAAACCAUAUUCCAGAUAUAAGAAUUAUUCAUCAUCAGACGACGAAGAGGAAGAAGACCCAUCAUCGGAGUACCGUGCUGAAUACACUGAAUCCUCAAAACCAUCGCAUGAUUCGUAUGAAGAAAAAGAUGAGGAAGAGGAGGAGGAGGAAAGCCGCAAGCAAGAGAGACGCGAGGAAGCCAAAAAAGAUUUCUAUGAAAUGGAACCUCAACGAUCUAAAUAUUACCAAAAAGACUUUGAGCAGGAAUUUGAAGAUUCUUACAGGGAAGAACUACCGAAACAAGAAUAUGUGCACGUGAAAGAAGUUCCAGAAAUAGAUAGUUACAUUGAUUCGAAACCUAAACAAGAAAAGAAUAAUAAUCGACCUCGUGUAAAUCAGAGACAACUCAAAGAGGCGAAGAGUCAGGAAUCCCGCGUUUCCUUAAAAAAUCAUAAAAUACCUAAAGUAAGUUACAAAGAUAGCACAGCAUAUGGUUCGGAUAUCUCCGUUACAAAAUCGCUUAAAGUCUACGAGGGGUUCUUCGGAAAUAGAAAUCCGGAAACUGGAAAAUAUUCUAAACAUGCAAAACCUGAGAAGUUCUUGCCUAUUAAGAAAUCGCCGAAGGAAGACGACUAUUCUCGUUCUGCUAAAUACUACAAGUACAAAAGUCCGAAGACCGGCAAUAAACUCUCUAAAGACAAAAAUCUGCAUCUGUAUUCUCGGUCGAGUAAAAACUCACCUGAAGAAACGGCCGCUAGAUCAAACGUUAGACAAUUGACAGAUUCUAGCGACAGAGCUGCCUUUUAUGGGCCAAUUAUAGUGAGCGGUCAGGUGCAUUCUCUUACGGACGCAGAAAUUUUUCGUGACUUAACAGGAAUCUAAAUCAUUAACCAAAUAUUAAGUUAAGAAAAACUAUGUAUGCGUAUUCUCAAAGAAAAUUCCCGUGAAGAAUCUUUAACAGAUAUAGUACUAAGGAAAAUGAAUUUUUAUGUGUGGCUUUCUUUAAAGAAAUCAAGUAUUACACAUAUGCAUAUUUGUUGUUGUUAUACUUUUGUUUUUACUAACUUUACAAUAUUGCAGAAUAACAAAAUAUAUUCCACAUA